CUAACGUUUGAAGGACUUUGGUCCAGGCAUGAUUGUGAUAUUUAAUACUUGGUUUUCGGGGUGGCUCUUAAACAGCAGUCAGUGUGAGGGAGGUACCAUUUCUUUUUUGCUUCAAUGCAAGCGAUUGCCUAAAUUCAUACUAAGCUUCUCUUCAGCGGACUUUGCAGCAAGCUCAUCGCCGACAAACAACAUCAGGCUCAUCGCCGACAAAUAACAUCAUUUCACCCACAGAGCUUGUGGAGUUUCAUCAUGGCUGACAAGGACGCCAACAAUUCGCCUGAUGUCGCCAACGCCAAGCUCCUAGCAGGCCUUCCUGAUGAAGACAAUGCUGUUCGUUCGCGAUGCACCUACUGCGAUAAUCCAGCAAGCUCAUUCUGUGGACGCUGUCGAUUUGCUCGAUAUUGUUCUGCUGCCUGCCAGAAGAAAGACUUCCUCUUCCACAAGAAGCUUUGUUCUGAGUAUGAGAAAUCUUACAACUCUGACAAACGUCCCUCGCCCAACCAUGUCCGAGCUAUCAUCUUCCCGGCAAACGAGUUCAAACCAGCGUUCAUAUGGCUACGCCAGGUAGUCGUGAACAAUGGUCACAUCUCGUUUAGCGACAUGGGGUAUCUGGGCGAUUACGCCAAAGACCUUCUGGGUAUGACUGAGCUCCAUAACGUCUUACUCGAUGUUGGACAUGGGCUUUUGGUGAUCUCGCGUUCUCACAACGUUCUGCCCGAAGCGCCGCUCAACAAGUGCGUCAUGAACAUUGGCAAGGCUGGCCACAUGUAAGUAAUUUGUACAUAUGUACCUCCACAUUCGGUUGGACUAUUGCAGAAAUACCCAUCACAUUCAGACCCUAGUUUCAGCAAGACUCCCAG